ACGUGACCCGUGUCCAUGACGCCCACCCGGUCGUACUGAUAGUUUCACAGUAUUCGGGACAAGAUUUCUUGACUUCUGAGUCUCCACAUGUGAUCAGCACUACUCAAGCGUGACGUAGCCUGUUACACUGGAAGACUCUAUGUAAUCGAAACACGUUGAUACCAUGUGACGUGUGAACAUUUACCGAACUCCGUCAGUGUGUUGUCAACCGCCAUUUGCUGGUGAGCUGUUGUAUUAGACAAGUGGGUCAGGUGUUGUGCAUUGACAUUCACUGCUGCAGACUGGCCUUUAGCUAUGGCAACAGUAGUCCAGGCGCAUGACAGAGAGUGUGCUGUGUGCACUAAUGACUUCACCACACCAAAGCUUUUACCCUGUGGUCAUCUCCUGUGUCGACAAUGUGUCAUUUCCUGGAUGGACUCGAAAUCCGAAGCUGCUUGUCCUCUAUGUACCUGUCCUAUAGUACAGCAUCAAGGCAAUUCAUCACGAAUCUCAGCUGAUGUUGUCGACGCCCUGCCUACAGACUCUGUGAUGGAAGCGAUAGUAGAAAGUGCCAGUAUACUGAUGAUGGUUGAUCUGUGCACUGUAUGUGAUGACCUCAAAGCUGAAUACAUCUGUAUGCAGUGUCUGGAAAAGAUGUGUGAAUCGUGUAUGAAGAUACACAAGAAGAUGGUAGUGAGCCGAAGUCACGAUGUGGAGAGUGUCAGCACUGUGACACCUGAACGUCUGGCUGCCAGCCGCCCUGCACUGUGUGCUGACCACGUCACCGAGAAGGCGGAGUUUUUUUGUGUUGACCACAACAUUGCUAUCUGCACGCCAUGUGUUUCUAACAAACACAGUACCUGCCCAGAUGUCAAGUCUCUGGAUGAAAAAAUGAAGUCAGCUGAAGAAGAAUUUGAUUCAUUGAGAGAAAAGUUGCUUACAGCAGAGGACAACCUGAAGCACGCAAUAGACAAUAUAAAUAUGCGCGUGCAAACAGCGAAUGUCACUGAACAACAAAACAUGGCGCUGGUAGACAAGACAUGUGACCGACUUCAGAAGAUGGUGGAGGAGUGUCGGAAACAAGUGAAGAAACUAAUUAGUGAUUCUGUGUCUAAAUUAAAAAAAUCCUUGUGUGACGUCAAAAUCGAGCUGGAGAAACGUUUAGGGAAAGUGACGUCACACAAACAUCUCGUGACGCGAGCCACAACAGUCAGACCGCGUCCCGCGCUGAUACACGCAGCCCAGACUCUGACAGACAGGGUCAACAGCCUUGACCUCAGUGAUGAACUGGAAGCAGAUGCUUGGGUGAACACAUCGCCAGAAAUAGUGAAAUGUUGUGACGAUGUGAUGAAAGAAAUAGGCGAUGAGCUAAAGAGCAUCAACCGAGAGAUUUUCGUUGUUGAAUCACAGAAACCAUUCCUUGUGUUCCACGAAACCUGCGGGACCAACAUUUGUCUGACGAACUUCAGAAAAACCGCACGGAUGGUUGAGCCUGACAAUUACAGUGACAGUCUGGUCGUGUCACGUGACGCCAUGGCUGUGAACGUCUUGUAUGAAGUGAGAAUAGACAAAAUUAAAAGGCCAUCCGGAAGCAAUGUAUUCCUUGGUGUGACGAGAGUCCAUCCUUCACAGCUCACUCUGCCGACGUUGUAUAAUUACCUGAAAGAUUCCGUCAUUCUUUGGCAAAAUAGAGUCAGCGACAAGGACAUCGAUAUCGAGACUAAUGUCGCUGAAGCUCUCCAAUUUCUCAAAGUCGAGAGUCGUGUUGGACUGUUGGUGGACUCAUCAAACAACCUUCACUUUUACGUCGAUGGAGACGACCAGGGUGUUGUAGCAAAAGAUGUUCCUUAUCCCUGCUUCCCAUUCUUUAACCUUUGCUACACUGUCAUUCAGAUGACAGCCCUUCCUACUUCCAGGAGGACAUGAAGCAAACGUGAUAAACAGGGAGAGACAAUAACAACAGUGAUAACACUUAUGUUAUCUACGACGACAUCGAGUCUGCAAUGAAUUUAUUAUUGAACUCUACCCUGUGCUGCUGUUUGCUAAAUAAUUGAUGAACUUACAAAAACAAAUAACACAAAUCGAUGUAUUGCUCUGCACACUACCUAAGUGAAUAAAACAAUAAACUUUGUGUUAGCUGAUAUAUCGUUCACAUUUUCUUAAUUUUUUUCUAGUUACUAACUUCUUUUGUGUGACUCGCUAUAGCAAGAAAGGUCAUGCUACAUUUACAGGACUUUAUCAUAGGUAGAGACUAUUUACAUUUGUGUGCUUUUAGAAUUGUUUAAUUUAAAUAUCUUAUGUAUUCAUUAAGUUUUAAUUUACCAAGUUACCCGUUUGUUGUGUGGUUAUUUUUUCUAUACCUACAGACUAUAUUUUGUACUUUUGUUUCAAUGAGACCUUUGAGCCCAUGUUGAUGAAAACAUAUGAACAGUUUUAUACAAAUAUUGUCGUGUAUGCUACCAGACCACUUUUUAAUGUUCAGUUGUGUAAGUGUCAAUGUACGGAAGUUCUUAAUAAGCCUUCCGACGUUGGAGACUCAUUGUACCAGUGUCAACCCCGUUUAACAUCUUUCUGUUUUACGGACAUUGAUGAGUAAAAUCUUUCAUCCGUUCCAUUAUCUCCUCUUCCUUGCUCAAUUGUCUUUUCUUGCUAAUGGACUAAAGAGCAUAAAUAAAUUUUAAAAAUGUGAAUAAAUACUGAAUAGUGUGGCAAUGUGUCCGUGCGGCCCACCGUAUGGUGUCAUUGAAACUUUUACGUAGGUACACCACAUUCAGGUUCUCAUUACAUUGACAUAGACAUAAUGUUAUUGUCAAAAUGGUUUGACAUUUUUCUAAUUGCUUUGUAAAUAAGCUUUUUAUUUGCCAUUUUUGGAUUUCCAUUUUCAAAUGUUUUUCUUGAGAAGAAACAGAAGAAAAUUAUGUCUUCCACAAGGAACAAAUGUGGAGAAGGUCGUCAUUGGCGAGACCAUCCUAUAUUCACUUGCAUUUAAAGGGUGAAGUGUGCUGAAAGGUUAUUCCCUGUUGUUGAGUUUAUGUGAAGUGGUCUGACUACACCUGUGCUUGUCACACUGCAACUUACUUAGGAAAAUAGCUUUAUGGCACUCUUCAUCUUGGAAUCUCAAUUUUUUUUCUAAUUGACAUAUAACUGGAGAUCAAAAGUAUUGUGAGAACUUCUCUUCAAUUUACAGUUUUAUAAACAGGAUUGCAAGCAGCAUUACUAUAUUAAUACAUGUUUAAACAUGAAAUUCAAUAAAAUAGACA